CAAGGUGACUGACACCCCAAUUGUAAUGUCGAAACCGUCAAUAAAUAAUUCACAAAAUAACAUGGGUGGAAAUAGCGGACAGUGUAAUGAUGGAAGCUGCAAUCAAAGAUUUGAGGAAGAAAUGGAAGUUUUCAAUAGUUUUGAUUUGAAUAAUUUAAAAAAUCCAAACGUAUUUAAUAAAAUAAUAUCAUUACUCUCAGCAAAUAAUUAUGCACUGUGUAAAGUGAUCGGAACUAUACUCACACUAAGACAAUGUAACUUUUUAAGUUUUUUCAAAGUAAAAACUAUUUUAUUAGCAGCAGCUGCUUACUACACACUUCAAGCCAGUAGCGACAAUAAUUUCAAAAUACCUGAUACAAUAAAAAACUUAUUUGGACAAAUAAACAAUCAAUGUACCGAGACAGAAGCAUGCAGAUCUAAUGUGCCAGAGUAUAAUUCACAAUCUGAAAACAGUGGUUUAUUAGGAAAUGCCCAGGAAUACUACCAGUGGUUAUUCGGAGAAUUUCCAGGGGGAGCAAAUCAGUAUACUGACUCAAGAAUGGACAGUAAUUACUCAGCUAACGAUUUGUUAGAUUAUCAAAAAUAUAACUAAGUACAGGAAAAAGUAUGAACC